AUGGGUAAAAUAGAGAACAAGACCAUAGACAUUGGUUAUCCAUUAUACGGGGCCAAGUUUGUGGAUAAUCAUACAUUGGUUACAACAGGUGGUGGUGGUGAAGGUAAUAAUGGUAUUCCAAAUAAGCUAACAGCCGUAUCUGUUGAUUUCCAAUCUGAAAACAAAUUAAAACUAUUGAAUGAUUUUGAAAUUGAAGGUAAGAAUGAUUCACCAACUUCAUUAGAUCUAGCUGGUGAAACUUUAUUGAUUGGUUGUAAUGAACAUUCAGAAAAUAUUAAAAAGGGACAAAAUAAACAUCUACGUAAAUUUACUUAUUCUAAAGAAAAGCAAUCAAUAAGUUUCAAUUCUAGUGUUGACGUCGAGAAAAGUGUUGAUACGCUUGAUUACCAAAAGGAAGUUUCAAUUAGUAAUGAUGGUUCAAUUGCUGCAGUUUUAUCCUCCAAGAUCCCAGGUUCAGUUAAAAUUAUUGAUGUUGCAACAUUAAAAACUAUAAAGACUUUAACUCCUAAAGAUGAUGUUGAAAUCACUGAUAUUAGUAUCAGUCCAAAUGGAUCUAAAGUUGCUUAUAUUACAGAAAAAUCAUUAGUUAUCACCAAUACACAAAACGAUGAAGAAAAUUUAGUACAUAAUAGGUUUGCCCCAUCUUAUGAUUUAACAAAAAUAAAAUUCAUUUCUGAAACUGAGUUAGUUAUUGGUAUUAAUUUAAAGCAUAAGAGUGGUAUUUUACUUUCACAUGUUGUUAUUAGAGAAGAUGGUAUCAAAGUUAUAAAAUCAAGAGUUAUUAGUGAAAAAACCAAGAAGAUUACAUCAUUAGAUUCAACUGAUUCUUUAGUUGCUGUAGCAGGUAAUGAUGGUUCAAUAUUAAUUGUUGGUGUUGAUCAUUUUGAUGUUUAUAAAACAUUGAAAAACAUUCAUUCAUUUGCUAUAACAACUGUUGUAUUUUCACCAAAUGGUAAAUAUUUAGCAUCAACAAGUGCAUCAAAUACUUUAAAUGUUAUUGAAAUUCCUGAAGAUAUUAGUAAAUCAUAUUAUUGGGUUUAUGUAAAUAUAUUGGUUGUUUUAUUUGCUUAUAUUGUCUACUCAUUAAUUUCAAGAAUCACACCUGAACAAAAGGAAAGAAUUGAUGAUUUUAUUAGAUUUAUGUUUGAUGAUCCACAAACUUAUCAACAAGAAAAAGAAGAAAAAGCAAGUCAAUUAUCAAAUCAACAACCUUUAAUCCAAAGUUCAAGUGGGUCCGGUGAAAUCGUUGGUGAUGAUCCAAAUUUGAAAACUUUUUCAGAUGGUGAAUAUGUUGUUGAAGUUGUUACAAAUAUUAAAGAAGGUGAUAUUGUAGAGGUAUCUACAAGAACUUCUUGGAGAACUGAAACUUCUGUAUACGAAGAUACCGCUUCUACCUUGAUUUAA